AUGAUGAAUUGCUUUCGCGUUGCGGCGCUAGUCAUCACUUUGCUGAAAACCACCACUGGCGCUACCCACGUCCAACCACUUCCAGGUGCAUGCUCAGGAGUUUGUGUCAACACGCACGACCCAAGCAUCAUCCGUCGUGACGACGGCACCUACUUUCGCUUUUCAACGGGUGGUGGAAUUGCUGUCCACACGGCUCCAGACCUCGUUGGACCGUGGGAGUACAAGGGUUCAGUCCUACCGAAAGGGACGAAAACCAAGCUCACGGACCAUGAGAUGAAGCCUUGGAAAGGCGCGAUGGACGUCUGGGCACCCGAUGUGCACCUCGUGGAUGACACGUACUACUUGUACUACUCAGCUGUGCGAAACACUUCUUUCGACGGGCACAAUAUGGCAGCCAUUGGUGUCGCCACGUCACCUACGAUGGAGAUUGGCACGUGGAAGGACUUGGGCGGUACCGGCAUACAGAGCAAUGACAAUAGCAAAUACAACGCCAUUGAUCCAAACCUCUUCGAAGAGAAGGGGAACCUGUACAUGAUCUUCGGGAGCUACGAAACGGGACUAUUCCAAGCGUCGAUGAAGAACCCACCGACGGCAGUAAUUCCUGACACGUACACCACGCUCGCGUACGAGCCCGAGUAUCCUCAUGCGAACGAAGGCGCCAAUAUGUUCAAGUAUGGACAUUUUAACUACCUCUUCUUCUCGCAAGGCGACUGCUGCGGUUUUGACACGAAGGAACGUUCAAAAAUUGACGAGUACAAGAUCAAGGUGUGCCGCUCCAAACCCGGUGUUGUGGACUUUCGCGACAAGAACGGCACAUCCUGCACGGAUGGAGGAGGCACGGUCUUGUUCAAGUCGGAAGGUGAUGUCUACGGACCUGGAGGCCAGGGCGUGUACGACGACGAAAAGCACGGACCUGUUCUGUACUACCACUACGUGAACAAGGCUAUUGGCUAUGCGGACGGUCAAAAGCAGUUUGGCUGGAACAAGCUCGAUUUCUCGAGUGGCUGGCCUGUUGUGAAGUCGUCGUGA